AUGGCGACGCUUCACCGCGUCGUCGUCGCGCCCGCGGUGCGGUGCCGCCAUCGCGCCGUCGCCGUGCGCGCAAAGGCGGGGGGUGACGCGAGCGCCGGGGUCCAGGGCGGCGUGACGAAGCGACGAUGCGACCUGUGCCUGGGAGAAGGACGAACGUUGUGUCCCGAGUGUAACGACGUGAGCGCGAUCGGGUGGACCAUCGACGGGAACGCGCAGCGGUGCGAUCGGAAAGGGUACGUCCCGGUGAUGUCCGGAGGCGUUUUCGGGUUCGGGGCGAAGAAGACGGGGGAGGAGCGCUGCGGCAAGUGUAACGCGUCCGGCGCGAAGGGCGGGAAAAGCGCGUCGCCGGGUCGCGUCGCGUGUCCUAGGUGCAAGGGGAAUAAGUUUUUAUUAUUUCGAUCGGCGGACUGGCGAUGA